AUGAAUGUGUUUAACGCUUCCACCGCCAUCAUGAGCCUCCUUGGUCUUGCCGCGACGGCUCGGGCCACUGUUGAGGUGAUACUCUGCGCAGAACCCAGCCUUGGUAACUGCGCAACCUACAACGUAAACCCUGGGGGUUGUGUCGACCUUUCUCCCGUUGCGCACAUCGGAUCACUCGCCGUAUCGAGGCCGUGUUCUACAUACAGACUUUAG